UCACCAGAUUCAAAGUCACUGCGUUACUGGAAAGUGAGAACGCUUGGUUCAAACCAGAAGAAAACAUAAACAAAACUGAUUUUCGCCAAAAAGAGUCAAAUAAAAAUGAAAAUGGAAGAGAAGCGAGGAAGGUUAGAUAGCCAGUCGCCAACACGAGUCGAGGUUAAGGAGGAAAACGUGAUGGGUAACGAUUAUCUGAUGGCGAAGGGACGAUUCCAGGGUGUUCUCAAACUGCUCACUGAACAAUCAUCCUCGGAUUCGGAAGAUUCAGACGAUAGACCUCAUCAUCAUAACAGGACACGAAAUGAUACGACACCGGUACGAAGCACCUAUCUGAUGAAGUUGUACGAUCGCAGCGUAGACCUGGCCAAGUUCGAGGAGGACACGCCGUUGUAUCCGAUUUGCCGAGCGUGGAUGGCGAAUAACAGCAAGAAACAACAUACAAUUGUGAAGAGGAGAUUAUCAUCACCAGAACCUGAAUCCCAAUGGAAUAACAAUCUCACGUCCGAUUUGUAUCGCCUGCCGGCUCCUAGUAAACCGUUUGUCACUAGGAUUCCGACUCCAACGCCCGAGCAACUAGAUAAGGACAAAGAUGCGAUAAAUCUUAACUAUGAUGAGAAUCCACCAAUGUCCAAGCAGGAACUGCUGUCUUCGCACUUGAGACGAUGGGGUAACAUCAAGAGAAAGUGGAUUAUGACGGCCGCCAAGAAUGAGGAGCGUUACGCUCAAAGCAGAAAGAUUUUGAGGACCAUUUACUCCAAGGCGCAUGAGACGAUGCUCGAAUAAAUGCGUCCUAGCUUUCAUCAUUUAUUGUAUGACACAGAAUAAGUGCUGUUUAAUUUCCGGAGAUUGAUUAAACUGUAUACAAAGGUA